AAUCUGACAAUAUUGACAGAUGUCACAUGUUUGGUUAAAUAAAUGCGAUUUAGUUUGACAACCGUAAAAUGGAUAAUUUUCAGAAUCGGUAUUUUGGAAUAUAUUUUAUUUGCAUUGAAAAUUGAAAGUUCUGUUAAAUUCUCUCGUCUUUCCUGAUGAUUAAUCUUUUCAUUUAUUAAUUGCGAAGUGCUUCAAUCCUACAAUUGUCUUUUGUGUCGUAGUAAAUAGUACGUGAAGGUUGUCAGAUCAGUAAUACAUUUUGACAUCUGUAGGCAUUAUAAAUAAUGUUAUCAAUUAGAUAAAUUACGUUAAUUAUUAAUUUUUCUCUUAAUAUUUGCAAGCUUGUCGACCAUUUAGUCUUACAUGAAAAGAUUCAGAGUUUAAGGAAGUUCUUUCACCAUUUUUUUAAUAGAUUUAUGUAAUGUGAAGAGAAAAACUCAAACAUGUUCAAAAAUGCAGUAGUGAUUAUUUCAUAUAUUCUUCUGUACUUAUUCAACACCUGUAAGGGCGAAAUCUAUGCAAUUAGAUUCGAUUCUCAAUUCUACUUUCAACAAUUUGAAGAUGUACCUGCUACUUUUGGGCCAAAUCUUGCAGAAGGAGUUGUAAGAGGAAUAUUAGUAGUAUCUGAACCUGAACAUGGAUGUUCCCCUGUUAAACCCAUACCACCUGCUGUACCCCCCGAAAAUGAAACAGGAAAAUGGAUUUUGAUUGUUCCACGUUAUACUCAAGUUAAAAACUGUUCAUUUGAGGAUAAAGUCCGUAUUGCACAAGCGGCUGGAUACAAGGCUCUAAUUGUCCAUAAUGUAAACUCUAAUCAGCUUGUUCCAAUGUAUGCAGAAAACAGCACAGGCAUUGAAAUACCGUCAGUGUUUGUGAGUGCAGAUGAUGGUGAAACGCUAAAGAAGAACUAUUCGAAUUUGGACUACUUCCUUGUCAUCACAGCAGAGUCUCCAUUCAAUAUUAAAACACAUCUUCUCAUUCCCUUUGCCAUAGUGGUUGCUGUUUGUUUUGCUGUCAUGAUUAUUUUUAUGAUUGUUAAAUGUAUAAAAGACCGAAGACGGCAAAGGAGGCAUAGAUUACCUACAUCAUCUUUAAACAAAAUACCAACGAAGAAAUAUCAGAAAGGGGACCCUUAUGAGACCUGUGCCAUAUGCUUGGACGACUUUAUCGAAGGGGAAAAACUGCGAGUGCUUCCUUGCAAUCAUGUUUAUCACACUAAAUGUAUUGAUCCAUGGUUAACUAAGAAUCGGAGAGUAUGUCCUAUAUGCAAACGUAAAGUGUUUGCGGAAAAUGAAUCUCAACACUUCAGUGACAGCGAAUCUGAGUCAGAUGAUACAGCACCACUCAUAAAUUCAUCCAAUAGAGGAACACAAGGAGGAACUUUCACUCAUCAGACAGAAAAUCCAAUUUUGAGGGCACAACGUUCGGCAUCUCAGUUAGGUACAACUGCUCAUGCUCUGGUAAUGGCAUCUGAUCAUCACAGCAUUAAUGGGGAUUUACAUAGUAGUAGUAGUAGUGAAGAUUCUACUGAUCCCAGACAUUAUUCAGAUUCCUUUUUAGAUUCUUUAGAAGUGCAAAUACAUAACAAUGUUGCUUCCUCAAGCGGUAACCAUAACCAAAAUUAUAAUUUAUAAAAGGAAUAAUUUGUUCUUAUAAAUAUUUGGGUAUAACUACAAAGCAGAAGGUUUUCUUUGGUUGUUAGAAAAUAUAAGAAUUGAUAAUUGAUCCAGAAUGUUUCUUUCGUCAAGAAAUCUUUGGUGUGAAAAUGACGUUUAUAAAAAUCUUGUUGCAAUAGUAAAAUAUUUUUAAGACCUAAUUGUAAAUAAUUCGGUUGGUUUUUGUUUGUGGAGAAUUUAUUUUUUUUAUAAUAAACACAUGAAAAUUAUUAACUUCAGAUAUGAAAUUUUGUUAGGAAAUCCCUCAAGAUCUAGAUCUGUAUGAAAUCAGUUCCAUUCUUUUUAUCUGAUGUAUGUGGAAAUUUAGUACGGAAACAAAGACUGUCUUAGACAUAGAGCUGUGUUUUAUGUCUAAAAGAAAGAAGAAAUGAUUCAUUUCACCCAAUGUUUUUUAGGAAAUUUGUGAUUUGUGGGAUGUAUCAUUUGAUUUAUAUCAAACUUUUUUGACGUUGUAUAUAAGCUGUAGAAGUUGUUCUAUCUGGGCUGAAUUAUCAUUUUUUUAGAAUGAAAAUAGGGAAUAUGAGGUUAAUAACAAAUAAGCUGAGAUGAUUCGAUUCAAAACAUCUAUUAAUUAAAUAUGGCAACUAGUUUUCUAUUUUGCAGAGGAGAACUUUCGCCUGCAUAUUUUGGCAUUCACUAAAUUUCUGACAUAUUUCUUCUUAAUUCAGAUUUAAUCUUUUGUACUGCUCAUCUAGUCACAAAGUUUUGAUCAAACAUGUAUAUGCAUAUAUUUUUCACGUUGAGGAUUGAUAAGAACUCGAGUUCAAUUCGAUUGAAGUUGGUUCCACAGUGGGUACGUUCAAAUACAUUACCCCUUGAGAGGUAGAUGUUUUCUAAAACUGAAAUCACACCUCUUAGUUGGUGCUUUUUGCAUUGUAAGUUAACAAAUAUUUACCUUUAUUUUAAAAAUACUCUAUAUUGCCAAAUAUUGUUUAGUAUAAUUUCUCUUAGAAAGGAUCACAAAGUAAGUAUCGAAAUUUCAUCUUAUUCUCCUGGGCUAAUGUUGAUAAUAAUUGAAACUUAAAAAAGAAAGAAUUCCAGCGAUUGAUAUUCAAGCAGAACUAGAUAUUUAGGUCGUUAUGAAAUUCAUGAAUUCCUUAGUUUGUAUGAAAAGGCCUUUAUUCUCAAGUAAAUAAGAUCAAUAAAAAAUGUAGAGGGUAAACAUAUUGUGCUGCUCUCAGUAGUAGGAAUAUAAUAAUAACCAUUGAGAAAUUAUGGGGAAUAUUGAGAAAUUUCGAAAUAUCUUGAAUCAAAUAAGUUUAUUGUUAUAUUAAUUUUAAGCUCUUUAACAUUAAAAAAUAAAUGUAAUUCCUGAUGUGAUAAAAUUUAAAUAUAUGACUUUUUGAAAUA